CCCUUGAUCCUCAUCCACGAUGGUGGCGGUACCACCUUCAGUUACCACUGCCUGGAACCUACCAAUCGGCCGCUUUACGGCAUACAAAACGCUCAUCUUGAUGACGGAGGGUGGUGGGAAGGCGGGAUCCCAGAGAUGGCGAGCCAUUACAUUGAUCUGAUAUCAGCGGCAAUGCCGACCGGUGGUGAUAUUCUACUGGGUGGUUGGUCUCUUGGUGGCAUCCUUUCGCUGGAAAUGGCGCACCAGCUGGCGACAAAUACAUCGAGAAAACCCAAGUUCAGAGUACUGGGAAUGGUAUUUGUCGACAGUGUCUUUCCCAAGCGACUCGCAGACAUACCUGAUUUGCAGAACGUAUUGCCCACAGGACGCGUGACCAAGUCUCCGGCGGAACUCAAAGCCAUGAAACUAAGGGAGAAAGUCGACCUCAAUAUGACGCACGCACGAGUUAUGGUGCAGAAAUGGGACGUUCCACAAUGGAACGGUCUCCAGGUACCUCCUACAGUUAUGCUUCGUGCGAAAGAGUAUGUGAGCCACUCGGGUCACACAUUUGUGGACUUGACGCGGCAACACCAGCUCCUUGGGUGGGAGACUUACAACGACUCGCAUGGCAACUUCAUACGCGCUGUAUUGGAUGUGGAGGGACACCAUUUCUCAAUAUUUCACCACGAGAAUGUGAGAAUAUCCACGCACAAGCUUAUGGCGCAUUGC